AUGAGUGAAAAAGUAGUGAAAUAUCGGCAUAGAACUAGGCUUACAACUAAAAUGGGUAUUAAAGUAAAGGUAGAAUUCUUAGGAGGAUUGGAUGUUAUUUCAAAUGGUGUCAGAGAACAUAAAUGUGAGGUGCCAUUGGAAGAAGGUGAGGCUACAAUGAUAGACUUGAUUAAAUAUAUUACUGCAACUAUAAUAAGCGAUCCAAAGGAUGUACCUGUAUUUAUAGAAGAAGGUACGGUUCGUCCAGGUAUUUUAGUGCUCAUAAAUGACACUGACUGGGAAUUAGAGGGCAUGGAAGAUUAUGUAGUGGAAAGUGGUGAUGUUCUCACUUUCACCAGUACAUUGCAUGGAGGUUAG